AUGGGUGCUGGCCCAGAGUAUGGAGCUGAUGAUGCAGAAGCAGAUCCGAAUGUCGUGCCUGCACUGCGCCGCCACAGGUUUUUGGAUUUCAAGUACUGGACGAUGAACUCGCGAAGAGUUUUGUACGUAGACAAGCUCGCCGAAUUCAUGGCAAUUUGCGGUGCAAGCGCUUUGGGCGCCACCUCCAUCCACAACUUCGCGGAUGCCGGCGGCUACGCUACAACGGCCACAGCAGCCGAGGCAGUCGAGCAGCACAGCCUCGAGGAGGCCUCUGCAAAGACCAAGAGCAAGCUGCGAAAGGCCAAAGCUGCUGAGAAGGCGCAGCGCCGCGGCAAAGCCCCCGCGGAGACGCAGAAGAUGGGCACAUGCGAGGCCCUGGCGGUGGAGUGGGCCAAAGAGGCCCAGCAGCCAACCCUCCCAGAGGGCGCCUUCGAGUUGCUCGUGAUUUGCGACUGUUUGUACGAGAAUCGGGAGAGCUGGGAGGCCCUGCGGUGUCUUCUCCGGCGGCUGCCGGCGCCCUCCGCUACGGUGCUCUUCGCAUCCGCCAUGCUCCGGAAGCCCUUCCUUCAAGCCUUCGUGGCGCUACUUCAGGAGGAUGGGUUUCUUCUUCUGAACGAAGAGGAGGGCGGCCAUCUGGGGGACGUUUGCAUCGCCAUUCUGCAGCCACAGCAGGUGAUUUCCGAGUCGAUCGGGCCGCCGGUCGAGACUCCUGACAUCUCGGGCUGA